AUGAAGUCACGUUUCGCCAUCUUCUGCAUCUUUAGCAACCUUUCAAACCACGAGUUCACAUCUUCGAGCAGCGUUUCAGGGUGAGUAUUUUGCAGUUCAGUGAUUUAUUUGAAUUCAAAAGCAUUCAACAGCACUGAAUAGAAUCGCAUUUCAACCAUCGCGUUUUGCCAUCUUCUUACAGUGUGUCAAGGUCUUGCAACCACGAGUUCACACCUUUCGCCAUCUUUAGUAGCCUUUCAAACCACGAGUUCACAUCUUCGAGCAGCGUUUCAGGGUAAGUAUUUUGCAGUUCAAUGAUUUAUUUGAAUUCAAAAGCAUUCAACAGCACUGAAUAGAAUUAUUCGGUACAAAAUUUGCAACGGGGUCGACAGACUCGAUCCAACAGAUCAGAAAGAUAAUGUCAGACUCAGAGUUGCAUUGAUAUUGUCAGAAAGAGAUACGAAGUUUGUUAUAUCAAUUUCUAUUUGAAUAUGUCACUCUCGAAGAUAAACAAGUCGGUGGUUACAGUUCGAAGAGGGCACUUUAUGAAUUCUGUUUUUGUCAACCCUGGUAUUUGUUCAUGUGCUGUUGAUGCUUUUUUGGAAAUAUCUACGCACUUGUUUCUUCCAUAUUUAUCAAAUCUACGUACUAGGAAUGGGUUUACAGAUCUGCUUUUCAAUGUUUGCUCACAUUAUAUCUCUUCGAGAAGAUAGUUCAUUAUUGAGGGAAAUCAGGGAGCCUGUUUGGUCAUACAUAAUAAUAGAGCUUUGUAGUUCAUUUGCGGCUAGGGAUUGUAAUACCUGUUUUAGCCAGAUAUUUGAGAAAAGAACAAUUGGUUAUCUCAAUGAAGAGGAAGAGAACCUUUUCAUGACGCAAAGAACAUUUGAUUCUUUUUGUCGUUCAUGCUCGAGUUCUGUGACUUUGAAUAGCAGUAUUCUUUUGACAGUAGUGACAGCAUAUGGAUUAAACCAGUUGGGUUUAGAUAACAAUAUGUGGCCUAUUUUUGUCACUCAAAUGCACACAAAUCCAGGAAGGUUAAAUUGCACCAAUUGCCAUACUCAAACUUCUGAGCCUGUCUUAAGGAAUGUAUUAAACUCGCAUUUCCUUUUCAUUGAAUUUUCUCCUGCAUUAAUGAAAGACAUAAAUGUGUUUGAGGAGAUUGAAAUCAGUGGAGCUCAGUACAAACUGAGAGGUGUAGUGCGAUGUCACAACAACCACUUUACUUGUGCUGUUAAAGAUCAUAGUGCAUGUAAAUGGACUUAA